AUGGAUACAUCAAGACCGCCGAAGCGGGCUCGUCAGGCAUGCGAACAAUGCCGACGGAAGAAAUCACGGUGUCCCGGGGAGCGUCCGGCCUGCUCAUACUGCCAGAGACUGGGCCAGGCUUGCGAAUACGCGGGUGAUGAAGAACCAGACUAUUCCAGGAAGAUGGAACAACGAGUCGAGGGCAUUGAAGGGAAACUGGAGGCCUUGAUCGAAUGCUUCAGUAACCGGAAUCCGCCCCUCACUCCCUCGCCCACGACUACAUUUCAACCCAGGCAGCAAUAUCCUGUCGGGAUUGCUAAUACCCCGUUGAUGCAACAUAGCUCAGUCGCCCAAGGUGCACUGCAGCUAUUUCAGACUUACUGCAAUUUCCAGCCCCUGCCUCUUUUCAAUUGCCAGUACUUCCCCGCAUCUGGCGAGGGCCGCGAUGAAGAGCUUCUUCUCGCUAUUCAAGCCCUGGGUCUGCGGUUUAGUGGCAAUGGCAUAGCGGACCCGGAGACGCGCCGGCAGAUCAAGGAGUGGGCAGAAAGCUCGAGGCGCAUGGUGAUGACUCGCGUUACUGAGGGGUCGGUGGAACUAUCCACUUUACAAUCGUUGUGCAUUUUGACAUUCAUCGACUACACCUCGGGGCACACCAUGCGGUCCGGGGCAAACAUCCGCCUGGCCACAUACAUCCUUCAAAAUCUGAAAUUCGGAAGCGCCGAAUUGGCCGAUUUAGAGAAUGAACGAGAUGAACGCGUGCUCCUGCGCUGGAGCUUCCAUAUGCUUGGGAAUCUCACUGGCGAGCCAAGUCCGAGGCUUAUGUUUGGCAAUAAGAAGGAUCUUGGAGUGACUGUUUGUUCCAUCCAGCUCAGCGAGGUCUGGGGCCUGGCACAGAGCUAUGCUGCUUCUCCUGUUACCGCUGACUCCCCUCCCCCUUGGGCACCCCAGUCGGACUAUUCCCGGGUCACAUUCCGGCACACCGAGUUUGAAAGCGUCACUCCGCUGAGAUACCGUCUUCACGAAACACGCCUUGACGAGUUGACGGGCCCCGACCUUCAGCAGAGGAGGGAAUUUUGGGGCCACUGUCUGUUCUUCCAGAUGGUCUUCCAUGCCAUUCCUUGUCUUCUCAACCAUCCCCUUUUACUCUCGGCACGAUUACGAAACUUCCGCUAUACCAUGCCACAGUCAUUCCUGCGGCACUCUUAUGAACAAAUAACUCUACACGCAGGAUGGAUUCUGCACUUCAUCGAGCUGCUGGAGGCGAAAGGCUAUGAAGUAUCAGAUCCAACACUUGGACAGUGUGCUGUCAUAAUCGCGACAAUCUAUCUCCAGCAUAGCUUUGUCGAGGAUCUCUUCUUCCGCGAAAAGGCCCAGUCUGGGUAUGACAAAUGCCUUAGUUUCCUCCAGCGAAUGGCCCUCCGAUGGCCAAACAUUGAGAGGCAGGUCGAAAACCUGCGUCAACUGCGGAGCAGUAUUUCUGCCGGAGACAUGCAGAAUUCUCACCAGACCUGGUCAGUGAACGUCCAUCUGCUCCGAGAUAUCCUGAUAUCGGCCCCGCCUAAGCAAACCGCGACGGACUUCUUUGGGCCCGGUCUCGCUAUGGAAAGUGCACUCCAUACAGAAUCCUCCACCCCAGAUCCAGAGUUUGGACUGAUCGGGUCUGCGGGAAUUUCUGGCCAUAAGACGGUGGCGAGGAACCUGGUCAAUUACUACCCUCCUGAGCAGGUUCUACAGCCCACGCCCCCGGACAUGUCGGCCUUACUAGGGGAGCCAGGGCUGGGUCUCACUGGGACUCCGGACAAUGCGUUUUUGCAGGCGCAGGAUUACGGACGGUUUAUUGAUAACUGGCUGGAUCUACCCACGUAG